GCAAAACAUUUUCAGCACCAGCAUACUGUACCGCUACCCCAGAGGGCAAUUAAAAGCUGCCAAGAUACUUUGUUUAAUUGAUUCACAUUCAGUUAUAACUCCUGUGCAAUUAGAUCAUUGCAAUGUUUCUGAGGAUUAUACUUUUCACGCUUCUGGGAGGACUUUUGGAGUUUGGGCUGCAGCAAGUCAGUGGGGUUUUCAUCUACACUGCAGCCGAGGUGGAAGCAGUCAAUGGGACGGAUGUGAAGCUGAAGUGCAAAUUCAGCUCCAUGUACCCCGUGUCACUGGAGUCUGUCUCUGCAAACUGGAUCUUUAGACCCCGGCGUCACAAACGUGAGACGAUGUUGAUGUAUUACCAUAAGAAACCCUACCCUAUACUCAAUGGUCGUUUUAAGAAACGUGUGGAGUGGUCGGGGGACGUUCUGGAAAAAGAUGCCUCCAUCACCCUGAAGCGAGUCACCCCUAAAUUCAGAGGUACCUACGUCUGCCAGGUGCGCAAUCUGCCAGACAUUAGAGGCAGGGAUGGAGAGGUUGUCCUCAGAGUUGUCAACAAGACUUCCAAUUUUGACCCACUUGACUUGUUCACAGCUUUGCUCGACAUGAUUUGAUUGGGCUCUCGCUCCUAUUUUGUCAGUGCAUUUAUUAAAGCCACAAACUUACAUUUAUAGCUUUCGUAUAUGCCAGAUUGAGCUGGAAACAUAACAUUUACAUGAAGUAGUGCUAUAGAAGAUGAUGUCGCCUAGAUUACUGUUUAAAAAGUACCGGAACAAGACAUUUAAACAAAUAAUCAGAACUCAAUGCCACCGAAGAGGGCAAUGCUCGCCUAUCUUCAGUGGAAAGAAGAACAAGGAAUCCUACAGAAAAGGUGCUGCACAGUCCUGAUCUCAUCACCAAGGAGUCAGUCGGGGCCUCAAGGGGAAGAAAAUCACAAGAAGAUUAAGGAAGAUGAAUUUGCAGGUGAAUCGUGUCUGAUAUGGAAUAUUUUGACUUCAAGAUACCGUGUGGAGGUCAGACUGCCUUGAUUUAGAGGAGCCGGUGAACUUUAAUCCGAGAAACAAAAGAUAAUAUUCUCGUGACUAUUGUCUAUUUAACUCGGGUUGACUGAAAUUAAGGGGGAGUCACGUUGGGUUCCAUUCAGAGCAGCAGUUUUGCUCUCAAUCAGCUGAUUCAUGUCUGUAUCGUUUGCAAUCCUCAAUAAUCCUCCUUAUGCAGCGUCGAGAGAUUGACUCCUCAUAUUUGGCUCGGUCUCUCAAAAUUCCACAACAGUGACUACGCCUCCAAAUGUUUGGAAAGAUGAAUUUGAAAUAAAUAUGUUUGUUGCAUUAAAAAUCUGUGAGGUCUGUUUUGAAUAACUCACCCUCACUCCUUUUCUUCCCAAAGAGGAUACAUCUAUAGAAAAAUAAAUGUAAUCUCACUUUCACUACCAUUGUAAAAGUUAUUUCACUUGAUUGUCAAUACUUACACUUAAGUAUUACUUAUAAUCUUCUUGGCUACUGUUGAAAUCAUAUUGCAGACAACACCCACUAUUUGAUGUAACAUUCAGACUGCUAUUUAGUUGCAAACAACUUGGAUUAUUUUAACAGAUAAAUGUCCAAAGAUGUAAGAUCUUUUUUUUCCAAAGCAAAUGAUUCUGUAUUCUUUGUUAUUUGUAUGAGAAAUGUACUUAAAAUGUAGAUAUUUUACACAAGUCAAUUGAAAUAAACACGUGAAAAUGCAAUCGA